GGUUUCUAGAGGGGAUGGACUAUUUGUUCUUCCGCCGAACUGAAGACCCAAAAAAUCUGAACAGAAAAUCUCCGAUGCAGCUUCGUCUCGGUUUCUCCAACCAGCGGCUCAUUCCUAUUUCAUGCCAGAGAUAUAUAUGAGAGGCGUGAAGAAGAAGAAGUACUUGACAUUUCAGCAAACUCAACGACAACUCAUCACAGCUGCCAAUCGCCUUUCCAACUCCGUCCGGUUUCUGGUCUGAAAUAGAAUAUGGCGGAGUCAGCUGUAGGUUUAGAAAGAAAACAUUCAAAUAGUGGGAGCCACGUAAAAGAAGACAGUGAAUAUGUUAGGCUAGUUAUAAACAAUGAACCAGCAGUUAGCGAAACAACAUUUACGUUGCAGUCGCCCCUAGAAACCAGACAAAGAGCCCUGAAAUGGUGGGUGAAUGCAUUUAUGUGGUGCAUUAUAUGUAUAGUAGUUCUCUUGGUCUUCAUAAAGUGGGGAGUUCCUUUUCUAUUCGAGAAGGUACUAGUACCUAUCUUAGAAUGGGAAGCCACGUCAUUUGGCCGUCCAGCGCUAGCACUCAUCCUUGUUGCUUCAUUAGCACUAUUUCCAGUGCUUUUGAUCCCUUCGGCCCCUUCGAUGUGGCUAGCUGGAAUGAUCUUUGGAUAUGGUCUCGGUUUUGUUUUAAUCAUGAUUGGAACAACUGUUGGAAUGCUCCUUCCUUACUUGAUUGGUCUGAUCUUCCGAGACCGGAUCCACCAAUGGCUAAAAAAAUGGCCACAACAAGCUGAUAUUAUUAGAUUGGCUGGAGAGGGGAGUUCGUUUCACCAAUUUCAAGUGGUUGCGUUGUUUCGGAUUUCCCCAUUUCCAUACACCAUCUUUAAUUAUGCUGUCGUAGUUACAAGCAUGAGAUUUUGGCCAUAUUUGUGGGGUUCAAUCGCAGGAAUGAUUCCUGAAGCCUUCCUCUAUAUAUACAGUGGGCGCCUUAUCAGAACAUUCGCCGAUGUCCAAUACGGGAAUCAUCACCUAACUCUUGUGGAGAUCAUAGCGAACAUUAUUUCCUUCAUCGUUGCAAUCAUCACUACUUCUGCUUUCACUGUGUACGCAAAGAGAAAACUAAACGAACAGGCCAGAACUGGUGGGUCCCAAGGCUGCUCUACCACUGGCCCUGGUAAAUUUGAGAUGGAAAGACUCCCCCCUGAAAAACCUAAGCAAAGGAACAUCUCAUCCCUGUUGUAGUAGUAGUAGAAGAAGAAUUGGAACAAACACCACUGUAUAUAGUUUUGAGGUUGUUGUAAGAUUGUUCUUCCAAUUAAAGUCAGUUGUGUGUUAACUUGAACAAUGAUAACUGACUUGUGGAAACUGAUUUAGGUUGGAUAUGUGGAACAUGCUCUGUCCUCUCAUGAUUUUUUUUGGGAUGUCCCAAAAAUAACCUGAGAAAUGAUUGUAUGAUUCGUAUGGUACUAAUUCUUGCAGCAUAAGGCUUUUGAUAUCAAAAAAAAAAAUAUGUGAAUUUAG